UGUUAAUCUUACAUUUAGGAUUUUGUGAAAAUGGAAAAUUAUGAGGCAUUGGUAGGCUUUGAUCUCUGUAAUACACCGCUCUCCACUGUUGCUCAGAAGAUUAUGUCUGCUAUGCAUUCAGGUGAUUUAGUGGAUUCUAAGACUUGGGGAAAGAGUACAGAGACUACAGAAGUGAUAAACAAGUCCAGUGUUAAGUAUUCAGUACAACUUGAAGAUGGGAAGAAUGGAUCACCAGAAAAAAAGAAUCUUAAAUCUUUAAGAAGUCAGACAUCAAGAGGUUCCGCCAAGCUCUCUCCUCAGUCCUUCAGUGUCAGACUCACAGAUCAGCUAUCUACUGACCAAAAACAGAAGAGCAUCAGCUCAUUGGCUCUUUCAAGUUGUUUAAUUCCACAGUAUAAUCAAGAGGCUUCAGUUCUACAGAAAAAGGAGCAUGAAAGAAAGCAUUUCCUAAUGGAGAAUAUAAAUAAUGAAAAUAAAGGAAGCAUUAAUCUUAAAAGAAAACAUAUUACAUAUAAUAAUUCUUCAGAGAAAACAAGUAAACAAAUGGCGUUGGAAGAAGAUACUGAUGAGGCUGAAGCCCACCUAAAUUCUGGGAACUCAGGAGCAUUGAAAAAAUAUUUUUGUGAUAUUAGGCAUUUGGAUGAUUGGGCAAAAAGCCAGCUGAUUGAAAUGCUCAAACAGGCAGCAGCUCUGGUGGUAACUCUGAUGUAUACUGAUGGUUCCACCCAGUUAAGAGCUGACCAGACCCCUGUUUCCUCUGUUAGAGGAAUUGUGAUAUUACUCAAGCGCCAAGCAGAGGGUGGCCAUGGUUGUCCAGAUGCCCCGGCCUGUGGUCCUGUCCUGGAGGGCUUUGUGUCGAAUGAUCCAUGUAUCUACAUUCAAAUAGAGCACUCUGCUAUCUGGGACCAAGAACAGGAGGCACAUCGACAAUCUGCCCGCUCUAACCAAAGAACCUCGGCCUUCUGGGACCAAGAACAGGAGGCACAUCAGCAAUUUGCCAGGAACGUGCUAUUUCAAACACUGAAAUGUAAAUGUCCUGUUAUUUGUUUUAAUGCUAAGGAUUUUGUGAGAAUAGUGCUGCAGUUUUUUGGUAAUGAUGGCAGUUGGAAGCAUGUUGCUGAUUUUGUAGGGUUAGAUCCCAGAAUUGCUGCAUGGCUUAUAGAUCCUAGUGAUGCCGUACCCUCUUUUGAAGAUUUAGUAGAAAAAUACUGUGAAAAAUCCAUUACGGUUAAAGUGAACAGCACAUAUGGAAAUUCCUCAAGAAAUAUUGUGAAUCAGAAUGUACGUGACAACCUGAAGAUACUCUACAGACUUACAAUGGACCUUUGCUCUAAAAUGAAGGAGUAUGGUUUAUGGCAACUAUUUUGUACUUUGGAGCUUCCUUUGAUACCAAUUUUGGCAGUGAUGGAAAGCCACGCCAUUCAGGUGAACAAAGAGGAGAUGGAGAAGAUGUCAGCACUUCUUGGGGCUCGUCUCAAGGAAUUGGAGCAAGAAGCUCAUUUUGUUGCAGGAGAACGGUUUCUUAUAAUGAGCAAUAACCAGCUUCGAGAGAUCCUCUUUGGCAAGUUAAAGCUGCACCUGCUGAGUCAAAGGAACAGUCUCCCCAGAACGGGGCUGCAGAAAUACCCGUCCACAUCGGAAGCAGUGUUAAAUGCUCUGCAAGACCUUCAUCCAUUACCCAAGAUAAUUUUGGAAUACAGGCGGGUUCACAAGAUCAAGUCGACCUUUGUAGAUGGAUUAUUAGCUUGUAUGAAAAAGGGCUCCAUUUCCUCUACAUGGAAUCAGACUGGAACUGUGACUGGAAGACUUUCAGCCAAGCAUCCUAAUAUCCAAGGUAUCUCCAAGCACCCAAUUCAGAUUACUAAACCUAAGAAUUUUAAAGGUAAAGAAGACGAGACUCUCACGAUCUCCCCGAGGGCCAUGUUUGUUUCAUCCAAAGGCCACACCUUUCUAGCAGCAGACUUUUCACAGAUUGAAUUGCGCAUUCUUGCACAUUUAUCUGGGGAUCCAGAACUUCUGAAGUUAUUCCAGGAAUCUGAAAGAGAUGAUGUAUUUUCUACUCUGACUUCACACUGGAAGGACGUGCCCAUGGAACGGGUGACACACGCAGACAGAGAGCAAACCAAGAGGGUGGUAUACGCAGUGGUCUAUGGAGCAGGGAAGGAGAGACUUGCUGCUUGCCUUGGAGUUCCUGUUCAGGAAGCUGCCCAGUUUUUGGAGAGUUUUUUGCAGAAGUACAAGAAAAUCAAGGACUUUGCCCGAGCAGCUAUUGCCCAGUGUCACCAGACAGGCUAUGUGGUGUCCAUCAUGGGCAGAAGGAGACCCCUGCCAAGGAUUCACUCUCAUGACCAGCAACUCCGGGCACAAGCAGAGCGACAGGCAGUGAACUUUGUGGUGCAAGGCUCCGCUGCUGACCUCUGCAAGCUGGCCAUGAUCCGUGUCUUCACUGCAGUGGCCACUUCCCGCACCUUGACGGCCAGGCUGGUGGCCCAGAUCCAUGAUGAGCUGCUGUUUGAAGUGGAAGAUCCGCAGAUCCCGGAGUGUGCAGCUCUCGUCAGGAGGACUAUGGAGUCCUUGGAACAGGUGCAGGCGUUGGAGCUGCAGCUUCAGGUACCCCUCAAGGUGAACCUGAGUGCCGGCCGCUCAUGGGGACACCUGCUGCCGCUGCAGGAGGCCUGGGGCCCUCCACUAGGCCCAUGUUGCACUGAGUCUCCCAGCAACAGCCUGGCUACCCCCGGGUCCCCUGUCAGCAGCCACCCCCCGCCCCCGCGUUUUUCGCCUUCAUUUUGUCUGUAGCCCCAGGCAACAGUGGGAGGAGAGAACUGGUUUCCAACAGUCCAUUGUGUGGCCUUCCCCAAGGUCACCAGCUCUGUAUGCCCCAGGAUGCAUUAACCCUUUGGGGCUGGGGUGGCCUGUCAUCCCCUGGAGUAAAUGCCUGUGCAAAGCCCUC